AUGGGUCCAUCGAGGUCCAAGCUUAGGUCUAUUGAGGCCGGGACGAGGUCUCUAACGCUCGGGCACAAGUCUAUUGAGAUCGAAUAUGGGUUCAUUGAGGCCAGCCUUAGGACUCUGGUAAGCUCAACCAAUGAGUUGUCUUUAGUUCCAGGGCCUUCAGAGCAAGACUCGGGAGAUAUGAUGAGUGCAGCAGCAAACUACUAUCGUAGUUUCGAUGGAGUAACUACCGAGGCCGGAGAAGCCUUUCAAAUGCAAAGAGAACUCCAAUGGUAUACGGCUGUGGAAAGCUGGGUUGUCCCUGACAUGAGAGACCGGUACAUGGGGAGUAAAACAUUUUGGACUUCAUUCGUGGAGAACCGUAAAGAUUUGCUUGAGAGUGGAGAGAAGUGGAUGAAGGACACAUCAAAUUCAUGUAUGAUCACCUCAGCUCUAAUUGCCACAGUAUUGUUUGCUGCUGCAUACACUGUGCCUGGAGGGAAUAAUGACAAAAGUGGAGUCCCGUUGUUGUUAGGAAAGGAUUCUUUCCUGGUUUUCAUAAUUUCGGAUGUGUUAGGUUUGUUCUUCUCUGUGACAGCCAUCUUGCUAUUCCUAGCCAUCUUAACAUCGCGGUGUAAGGCGCAAGAUUUUCUUGAAGCGUUGCCUAAGAAGAUCAUAAUGGGACUUUCUUUUCUAUUUCUUUCCUUGGCAUUCAUGCUGGUGGCCUUCGCAGCAACUCUCACAAUUGUGCUGGAUAAGAGACUGGUGGAGUGGGUUCUCAUUCCCAUUAUUUUGCUGACCUCUGUCCCGGUGGCUUUAUUCGUAGUACUACAGCUUCCCCUGCUAUACCAAAUGGUUAAAUCCACUUACGGACCCAGCAUCUUUCGUCCCAAUAGCAUUUGGGAGUGA